GGGGGGAGGUGUAAUGAUCUUUUCUUCCCUUUUAAUGUUUAGUUGCAGGGAAAAAACUUGUGAACAGGCUGAGUGUAUUGGAGAAGGCUCUGGGGAGACCUCGCUGCAGCCUUCCAGUCCUUGAGGGGAGCUUAUAAGCAGAAGGGAGAGCGACUUUCUACAUGGCCUAAUGGUCAUAGGACGAGGGGGAAUGGCUUUAAUCUAAAAGAGGGGAGAUUUCAGUUAGGUGUUAGGGGGAAAUUCUUUACUCAGAGGGCAGUGAGGCCCUGGCACUGCUGCCCAGAGCCGUGGUGCCCCAGCCCGGGAGGUGCUCAGGGCCAGGCUGGAGGGGGCUUUGGCAACCUGGACGAGUGGGAAGCGUCCCUGCCCACAGCAGGGGGUGGGAACUGGGUGGUCCUUAAGGUCUCUUCCAACCCAAGCCAUUCUGUGAUCUGCUGCUCUCAGUUUGGCGCUGCACAGCCUACGGCCAGACCUGGGAGCUCCUAACUCCCACUGAUACUGAUAGUUAACAAAUAGCAAGGAUAUACAUCUGAAGGGGCUCAUUUUUUAAAUGUAAUGUAGGUUUUGGGUAAUCAGGUGCCCAAUUUACUGAAUUACUGUACUGCUAAUAGUCAAGUCUGUUUACAUCUCAGGGUGUUGUGAAGAUAAAUGAAUCUGUCAGUGAGAUGCUCAGAUUGUCUCAUUUGUUAUUUUUCUCUCGUACGCGGCGUUUGAUAGAUGGCACACUGCUUUCUAUGCAAAUAGCUUCACCCCGGCUGGUUUUCGUGUUUGUCUGUGGGAAGAUGUAUCUAAAAAUGGUGGAUUUUCUUUUUUUUUUUUGACAUUUGAAAUUACAGUUGGGGCGGUUCCAUCCUGCAGCUUGUGUUGGCUGGGGACUUGGAUUUUUCCAGCCGGAACCACACGAGGUGCCCAGCCCCGCUGCAGAUUCUUUCUGCCGUGCUACUGCUGCUCGUUUUCUCUCUGACUUGCUGCCUGCAGCCCCAUCUCCCUUGCUUUGGUACCUGGGGAGGGAUUUCAACUCGUUAGCUUUCUGCCAGGAGAUGAGGGUGGAUUAUGGGGCUCUCCAGGGACGAUGCUCUCCACCUUCUCCUUGUUUUCCUGGCGGAUAGUAAGCACAUCUUUUAGAACAAGCCGGGCUACGUAUAUGCACAGACUGUGGCAUGAGAGGUUGGAGAACCACAAUGAAUGGUUCCUCACACCGUUCCUACAGCAGCCGUCUCCCUUCCCCCCUCCGCACACAGAAUUUUAAAGCAAAUGUUACCCCGGAGCACAGAAUUUGCUGAAGCAUCCGUUUCUUCCCAGGAGCUCCAGAAAGAAAAGUGAUCAAUAUGAAGAGUCUGUGGGAGCCUGCCCGGGAACUGUGUGUGUUAGAGAAUCAAGUCAAUACACAGAUCUCACAGCUCCUCCCUGUACCUCGCUCAGCUCGAGUUCCUAAAAAAAUCCUGAAAUGCAAAGCAGUGUCUCGGGAGUUAAACUUUUCCUCAGCAGAACAGAUGGAGAAAUUCCGACUGGAACAGAAAGUUUAUUUCAAAGGGCAGUGUCUAGAAGAAUGGUUCUUUGAAUUUGGUUUUGUGAUUCCUAACUCCACAAACACUUGGCAGUCCUUGAUAGAGGCAGCACCUGAAUCACAGAUGAUGUCAGCUAACGUUUUAACUGGUAAUGUUAUUAUAGAAACCAAAUUCUACGACGACGACCUUCUUGUAAGCACUUCCAGAGUGAGACUUUUCUACGUUUGAGAUGGGGCUUUUUGGAGCUGUUUUAGUUUCCCUCCAUGCAGUUCUUGGUGCAGAACCUCCUGACUAUCCAGUGGAAGACACACUCCUGUAGGCGGUGACCCUGGGGACCACCUCCACGUGGCUUGUGACCUUUGCCCAUCGGUUAUUUUGCUUUCUUCUCUGACCAGACCCGACCAAACCCUCAGAGACGGGCCCAUCUGCUCAGCGGUGCGUGGGGGAAUAGAGGCUGUCUCUGAAAAAUGGGCAAACGAUGGUCAUGCAGAACCAGUGCUGUAAAUUAUGUUAGUUUCCUCCUUUGUACUUCCAUGGAUCCUGUUAAAAAUCUUCCCAUUCCACUCACACCAAACUCGAUGCGUUUCCUUUUUGGGGGAUUAAGUUGACCUUUCCAUUUUCUCACGUUGUAGUUUUUUAUCCCUUCACUGGAUUUCUGUGUAACCGGUCCACGCUUCCUCUUCCCCUGACCUUGUAAAAUAGACUGUGAUAUCACCUAAUGUAAUUAAAACAAAUUUCUCAAUUAAAACAUUCCUACCAUCCGAAGAAGGGAAGCAA